AUAAAUACAUAAAAAGACAUGAGAAGAGUUUUGUUUUUGUUAAGACUGAAAAGUUUGAUAUUAUACAUUUGUAUGUUCCAGUUGGAAUUUGUUCUAUAAUUAGCAACUAUUUUUCUUCCUCUUCCUAUUCCCCUUCUCUCUCGCUCUCUUCUCUUCUGUCAACUCAUACCACGAAAACACAGUUAUCUGAGGGAGCAUUUAGAGUUGCCGGGGAAGCAUUGCAUAAUAUGUAUUCUGGUGGUGGUUCAAACAUGCCACAAGUAGGGACCAGUGCUGCGCAUAGGAGAAGUCAAAGUGAACUUGUUACUAAAGGAUUUCAACGUAGUCAUAGCUUUCAGAGGAUAAAAGCACAAGUGCAUAAGGCAUGGGGCUGGGGUGGCAGGUCGAAGGAAGAAGGUUUACCGGCGAAUUUCAAUCCUGAGGUCAUGGCGAACCAGAAACGUCAGUGGUAUCAGCUUCAUCCUAAAUCUAUGGAUUGUAUAAGUUAUAAGGAGCCAACCUCGCUCUUUGAACAUUUUGUGAUUGUGGGGCUGCAUCCAGAUGCUAAUUUGGAAGUUGUGGAGCAUGCAUUUGCAAAAAGGAAGAAAUGGGAAAAAGACAAGGAAAACUCUGAACUUCUAGAUUACAGAAUGAACCAGCAACAAAGGCCGCAGGAACCAACUUUGGAACCUCAGAUACUGUUCAAAUAUCCUCCUGCGAAAAGGCUAACAGUGCGCAUGAAGGAUUUAGCCUCCUUUUGCUUUCCUGAAGGUGUUAAGGCAUGGUUGUUGGAGAGGACUCCAUCUCUAAGUGAGCUAAACGAACUUGUUUACGGUCAGGAGCAUUUAGGCAGAGAUGACCUAUCAUUCGUCUUUACACUCAAGGCAGCAGACAAUACAACACUUUAUGGAGUUUGCUUACAUGUGCCCGAAAUUGUUCAGAGGCCCCCUGGCAUCUUAGGCAUAUCAUCUCCUCUUUCUCUUCCCUCUGGGCUAUCCAGCCGCUUUCUGGUUUCUGCACCUCGCUGUUACUGCCUUCUGACUAGAGUUCCUUUCUUUGAGUUACACUUUGAGAUGUUAAACAGUCUCAUUGCACAGGAGCGUCUGAACCGGAUUACUCAGUUUGUAAAUGAGAUUACUCUUGCUGGUUGCAUUCCAUCGUCACCCAAACUAGAUGAUCAAUUUAGUUCAAAUACUAACUCCCCGGAGAGGGAGUCAUUUAGUGACUGGAUGUCUUGCGCAAUACCUCUAGAGGGUGCGGCAGUCGUUACUGCUGCUGCUGCUGGGAUUAUAUCCGAUGAUGAAAUCCUACAGUUAUCACCCAAAAGAUGGGAUUCUUGCUGUCAAUCCCCUGUAAGUGUGAGUGCCAGUGAUGCUUCAGAUGUUUGCCAGUUUAGGGAUAUAGAUAAGAAUGGCAAGAAGAAUCUACAAGAUCAUGAUACAUGUGCUUUUGAGGGACCAGAAACUCAUGAUUCAGUGGAAAGAAUGCAUGGAAAUUGUGAAGGUAGCCAAGUUUCUCCUAGUGUUGGGACACCUGUAUCUGCUCAGGGUCGUACCUUGGAACGUCUUGGAAGUUCUGAGUCCCUUUUCAGUCCAGUUAGAAGCAUUAUGUCAGAAGAUGAGGAUCAUCCUUUUUCAAACAAUGAAAGAGACUACGGAGACGAUUUGUUAAUGGAAUGGGCUAUGGAGCACAAGAAUGAUUUACUACAGAUAGUGUGCAGAUAUCAUGCUGAAGUUAUUCCACCUCGAGGAAGUGAAUUCGUCUUCCACCCUCUUGAACAUCUACAAGCUAUUCAAUAUAUACGACAUUCAGUUGCUUCUCUCGGCUUCAAUGAAAAUUGUUUAAAUUGUUCUGAACCAACUGAGGUUAAUGCGAAGUUGGCAGCUGCUGAGGAAGCCCUUGCAUUAUCAGUAUGGACAACAGCAACUACUUGUCGAGUUCUGUCCCUUGAUAGUUUGCUGGCAUUAGCUACAGGAGUGUUGUUGGAAAAACAGGUUGUAAUAGUGUGCCCAAAUCUGGGUGUUCUAUCUGCAGUAGUGCUUUCUCUUAUACCCAUGAUUCGUCCGUUUCAGUGGCAGAGUUUAUUGCUCCCGGUUUUGCCAGAAAAAAUGAUUGAAUUUCUUGAUGCCCCAGUUCCAUAUAUUGUUGGCGUACAAAAUAAACCAGAUGAUUUGUUUAUGAAAACUACCAAUCUUGUUUUCGUUAAUGUACUUAAAGAUCAGGUUAAAAUGUGUCAUUUGCCUAGACUUCCAAAGCAUAGAGAACUUGUUUCUCGGUUGGGUCCAAUUCAUGCCAGACUUAAAUGUGAAAGUUCAAUUGGUAGAAGGCGUCCUAUACAUAGGUGCAACGAAGUCCAGGCUGAAGCUGCAACUCAGUUUUUGAAUAUCAUGUGGAACUAUUUGGAGUCGCUUUGUUCGGAUUUGAAAUCGCAUACAAUAACUAGUGUACAAUCAAAUAAUGACAGGGUUUCCUUACUUCUUAAAGAUAGUUUCAUUGAUUCCUUUCCUGUUAGGGACCAGCCAUUCAUCAAGCUAUUUGUAGAUACACAGCUAUUCACUGUUUUAUCAGACUCUUGUCUAUCAAGCUUUGAGAGUAGAGAGUCGUAGUCCUCCUCCUCCCUCCUUUUUCACAUUAUUUGAGGAUCAAAAGGACGUUUAUCUGGUAGACAUGACUGUUGAUACUGAGGAAGAUAUGUUCAUAAUUUCAUCGGCAAACCAAACUGAACCCCCAACAAUGCAUGCAUUAGAAUGACCAACAGUCGAGCGAGCGAGUACAAGGGUUCGAUAUUUUGUGUUUAUGUUGAUAGGAAAAUUGACAACAUAAUAGUAGAUCACUAGUGCUGACCCCGAGGAAAGAAUUACGGUCCCUUUUUUUUAAUUGAGGGAUAAUGUUGUUGGUUUAGCUGCUCAAUAUUUUGUAAUUGACUUGUAAGUAUAUACAGACAGACAGACAACUUUCCCUCUGCCUAUAGCAAGCAUGAAUACAUACCAUACGUUUUUUCAUUUCAUUUCA